CACGUCGCCGAAUGUAACCACAACGAAACUGGAUUUUCAUACUCAAUUCUGAACCCUCAACACAUGGCCACUCAUUUAGAAAAGUUUCAAACAAAUGGAUGACCUAUCGGUUCAUAGCUUUACUUGAAUAAAACGACAGAUAUUUGAGAUGAGCGAUGCGGAAGGAGAAGGCGGCGGCGAAAUGUCAAAGACGGAGAAAGAUGAGAGCUGGAUACCCAAAAUUAUCAAGAAACGAGUGUGCACAACUUUCGUAGAGGAUUCUUUCAGUAAUGGCAGGCUGUGUCAGUGUGGGGGUACGCGGGACACACAUGAGUCAGUGGCUCUGGGGGAUUAUUUCAGCACAGCCAUCGUCAGCCACUGGGACAGCUCCCAGCAUUCCUCCGAGUACCCCACCGACGCUUUCGGAGAGCUGGAGUUUGCCGGCGCCAGCAAGAGACACAGCAAAUUCCUGCGUCUCUCGUGGGACACCCCUCCUGCCAUCGUCUACACCCUGUUGACGACCCACUGGGGGCUACCUCCGCCCAACCUGGUGGUGUCAGUGGUGGGCGGGGAGGGGAGGGCAAAGGUCAAGACGUGGGUACGGGAGGUCCUGAGGCAGGGAUUGGUCAAAGCCUCCCAGAGCACAGGAGCGUGGAUACUGACGGGAGGCUUGCGUGAGGGUGUGGGGAGGUGUGUAGGGGAGGCGGUAAGGGACCAUGCCACCGCUGCCGCCUCUGUCUCCCUGACCAAGGUGGUGGCUCUGGGCAUCGCUCCCUGGGGCCUGGUCCACAACCGCCAGCAGCUGGUCAAUCCACAGGGUAGCUUCCCUGCUAGGUACUACUUCCAGAACACGUCCCGUGACUCAUGCUGCCUGGACAACAACUACCAGGCCUUCCUUCUGGUGGAUGAUGGGAGUGUAGGCCGCAGAGGGGGCGAGGCAAGCUUCAGGGCCCGGCUGGAGGAUUACAUUUCCCAUCAGCGCACAGGCAUCUGGGGCAGUGGAAGCAUUGACAUCCCCGUCCUGUGCAUGCUGAUAUCUGGAGAGACAACCAUGCUGGAGCGGUUGGAUCUCUCUCUGAGGAACUCCAUGCCCUGGCUGGUGCUGGCUGGGUCAGGGGGUGUGGCCGACCUCGUGAGUGACAUCCUGGAGAGCCUAUCGUCUACGCCCCCUUUGCUGUCCUCCACUGAGGGGGAGGGGGAGGCGGGACCUAGUGUGGACCUUAAAGACAGAGUGGCCGAGAGGGUUAGAAAGCACUUUCCGUCCGAAACAGAGAUGGACAAACUGGUAGAACGGGUUCUGAGCAUCUACCAGAAUAGGGAUCUGAUCACUGUCUACCAUGGAGAGCAGGAGGGACCAGACGACUUUGACACGGUCCUGCUCAAAGCCUUGGUUAGAGCGAGUAAGCAGCGUGUGUCGAGUGAAGCCAGCCCCUACACUGAAGAGCUGAAGCUGGCUGUUACCUGGAACAGAGUGGACAUCGCCAAGAGUGAGCUCUUCAAUGGAGACAUCCACUGGAGGUACCAGGACCUGCAGGACUCCAUGACGGACGCGCUGGUCAAUGACAAGCCACAAUUUGUGCGCCUCUUCACCGAGAACGGACUAAACAUCCUGGACUACCUGACCUACGGGCGGCUGGAGAGCCUCUACCGCUCGGUGGCCGACAGCUCUCUAGCCUACGCCCUGCUGCAGCGCCGCCUAGGGGAGCGCCAGGGUAUGACAGGUUCGCAGGCCAUUCUGCUGGAUGUCUCUCCCGCCAAAGGGUCCGGUGGGUCGCCGGGGGGCCUGCGGCCUGCAAAUAAGUUCAGUUUGUUUGAGGUGUCAAGAGUCCUGGAGGACUUGAUGGGGGAUGUGUGUCAGCCAUUUUACCACGCACCACUGGAACUGGAGAACAUCACCUCCCAGAGAAAGGCUCUCAAGCGUGUGAGUAAGUUGUUGCGGGGCAACUGUGUGUACCGGGACAAGCGCUGUCUCUUUCCCUGGGCUAGUCUCUUCGUCUGGGCUGUGCUGCAGAACCGCAACGACAUGGCCGUCUUCUUCUGGGAGAUGGCAGGCGAGUCGGUCCUCAGUGCUCUGAGCGGCUGUAAGAUCCUACGGGAGCUGUCCAAGCUGGAGAGCCAGACGGAGACCAAGCUGGCCAUGAAGGAGCUAGCGCAAAGGUUCGAGAACCUGGCUCACGAUGUAUUCAGUAAGUGUUACCAGAGCAGUGAGAGUCGCUCCUUCACCCUGCUGAUCAGGAAGUCUCCCGUGUGGGGAGGGACCACCUGUCUAAAGAUGGGCAUGGCCGCCGACGCCCGCCUCUUCUUCAGCCAUGAUGGAGUGCAGUCUCUCCUGUCUCAGAUCUGGUGGGGGGAUAUGAAGAGGAGCACGGAGGUGUGGAAACUCCUCCUCACCUUCUUCUGUCCCGUUCUGAUGUACACCCAGCUCAUCUCCUUCAGGGAACUGGAGGAGCCGGGGAAGCCUGAUGAGGUUGCGCAGGGUAGAGACAAUGACAGCCUUUAUGGAGAGACAAUUUUCUCCUUCUCUGACAUCAAGCACAUUGAACAUCAUACACAGGGUCCUAAUAGUCCCAGAUAUCCUCUAAAAGGCAGGCCCAACACCCCACCUAAAAGGCCUUUUGUGGUAUCCCGAUGGCGGCAGUUUUGGUUCGCACCCGUCACUUCCUUUUUAGGCAACGUUCUGAUGUACUUCCUGUUCCUCCUGCUGUUUGCCUACGUGCUAUUGGUGGACUUUAAGCCGCCGCCCCCGCGAGGCCCCGCUAUCGCCGAGUGUGUGUUGUACUUCUGGGUGUUCACAAUCGUCUGUGAGGAGAUCCGAGAGACGUUCUUAAUGGGCAGCAUGACGUGGCAUCAGAGAAUGAGGAAGUAUGUCCAGGACGUUUGGAACAAGUGUGUCCUCACCGCCGUCAUACUCUUCAUCAUAGGCCUCACCUGCAGGAUGUUCCAGUGGUCCUAUGAGUUUGGCCGAGCAGUCCUGUGUGUGGACUACAUGGUCUUCACCCUUCGUCUCAUCCACAUCUUCGCCAUUCACAAACAACUGGGGCCAAAGAUCAUCAUCGUCGGCAAGAUGAUGAAGGAUAUCUUCUUCUUCCUCUUCUUCCUGGGGGUGUGGCUUAUGGCAUACGGGGUGGCCAAUCAAGCGCUGCUGUACUCCUAUGACCCCCGCCCCGCCUGGAUCUUCCGGCGCCUGUUCUACAGGCCAUACCUGCACAUAUUUGGACAGAUCCCAGUGGAGGAAAUAGAUGUGGGGAAGGAGUGGGACAUGGAAUGCACUGACAAUGUGACGCUGAUCGAGGGAGGCGCGGAGCCCUGCAGGAGCCAGUAUGCUAACUGGCUAGUGAUCAUAUUACUGGUCAUCUACCUACUGGUCACCAACAUCCUGCUCAUCAACCUACUCAUCGCCAUGUUCAGUUACACAUUCUCUAAGGUGCAGGUCCAGAGUGACACCUACUGGAAGUUCCAGCGCUACAACCUGAUUGUGGAGUACCACUCCCGGCCCUCCCUUGCUCCCCCUUUCAUUUUCCUCUCCCACUUUCACCUCUUCAUCAAGAGAUACAUCCGCAAGGUACCCUCGGUCAAGAUCCUCCAUUUUGUAUUGGAGCUGAAGGGGAAAGCAGCUAACAGGCUAAUGACAUGGGAGGCCAUUCAGAAGGAGAACUUCCUGACAGCCCAGAGCAAGAUCCAGAGAGGGAGUGACUCUGAGAGGCUCAAACGGAUGUCAGUCAAGGUGGACAGUGUGCUGAAACAGAUGGCUGAGACAAGGGAUCAUGAUCGCAGACUGAGGGCUCUGGAAUCGGAGUUGGAGUAUUGCUCCAGUGCACUCAGCUGGAUAGUGGAAGCCCUCUCACAGAGCAACAUGGUCAAACCCACUCGCCCCCCGCCAACACUUAGAGAACCAUUCCCUUCCUCAUCCGCUUCCAUCUGAUCCUGUCUUUGUUUACAUGCCAAGCCAUUCAGGGUCACUGAAAGGAAAAGUUGAUACGCUGUUUCUUUCCGCUUCGGCUGCUUCUUUAUCAACAAGUCUUCACUGUAUUCAACUGCUGCCAAUUGUUUUUGUUGACAUUUUAAAAUGGUCUGUAUUCGUUGAGGUUGUGUAUUUCAUUUGUAAAAGGUUCCCCAAAGACUACAGUUGGAUCCAGGGGAAAGGACUGGAAAAUACACUGUCAAGAAACUUUUAUUUUAUUUUUUAUUUUUAUCUUUUUUGGGGGGGGAUGGAUCAGCUUAAUAUUGCAGAUUGUAUCUUC